CCGUCUAUACUGAACGGUGUGUAACUCGUGAGACUUUUGGACUUCGAAGUCCCUUUCUGCUUCCUUAUCCACACGGUCACUCGGGUCAUCAUCGAAUUACCUGGUACCAGCAUGGCGGAACCGCCUCUCAGUCAGGGCGUCGGAUAUGGCGUUGUCAUUGGGCUGGGAUUCCUGUUUGCUUUUGGUAUGAUUUUGACCACCUUCGUCCUCAAGCGUUACAACUAUGAGCUCCAAACCUCCGAAAUGUUCAGCACGGCCGGUCGAACGGUGAAGUCUGGACUUGUUGCCUCAGCUGUCGUUUCCUCCUGGACCUGGGCAGCGACCCUGCUUCAGUCAUCCGGUGUCGCAUACAAAUAUGGCGUCUCCGGGCCCUUCUGGUAUGCCAGUGGCGCAACUGUCCAAAUCAUCCUGUUCGCGACCCUGGCUAUCGAACUGAAGCGCCGCGCUCCCAACGCACAUACCUUCCUUGAAGUCAUCAGGGCACGUUAUGGAAAGGUCACCCACUUUGUCUAUAUCACGUUUGGUCUCAUGACAAAUAUCCUGGUGACUUCCAUGCUGCUGACAGGAGGUUCCGCAGUCGUGACAUCGCUCACCGGUGUCCCAACUGCGGCGGCUUGCUUCCUACUCCCGAUCGGCGUUGUGCUCUAUACCAUGUUCGGUGGAAUUAAAGCGACGUUCUUGACUGAUUAUGCGCACACGGUCGUGAUUCUCGUAAUCAUCAUGACCUUUGCCUUCACUACGUAUGCUACUAGUGAUGUACUCGGAAGCCCUGGUAAAGUAUGGGAGAUUCUAGUCGAGAAGGGCAAGGAGUUUCCCGUUGAAGGCAAUGAGGGAGGCUCUUAUCUGACCAUGCGAUCGCGCGAAGGAGCCAUCUUCUUCGUCAUCAAUAUCGUAGGUAACUUUGGCACUGUGUUCAUGGAUAAUGGAUAUUACAACAAGGCUAUUGCUGCCCAUCCAGUCCAUGCCCUUCCAGGCUACGUCCUUGGGGGUCUCUCUUGGUUUGCCAUCCCAUGGUUGGCCGCUACGACGAUGGGACUGGCAGCCUUGGCGCUCGAAGGCCACUCCUCCUUCCCUACCUAUCCCGACCGUCUCCCCGCCGCCGACGUGAACGCCGGUCUCGUGCUUCCGAGCGCCGCUGUUGCACUGCUUGGCAAGGGAGGUGCUGCCGCUACUCUGCUGCUGAUCUUCAUGGCGGUUACGUCGGCCAUGUCGGCGGAGUUGAUCGCCGUGUCGUCCAUUGCGACCUACGACAUCUAUCAGACCUACAUUAACCCGGCCGCCUCGGGCAAGCGCCUUAUUUACUCGGCGCACAUGUGUGUUGUCGCCUAUGCGUUCCUCAUGGCGGCGUUCUCUACUGGCCUGUACUAUGCUGGUAUCUCCAUGGGCUACCUCUACCUGCUCAUGGGCGUCAUAAUUGGAGCCGCCGUCCUCCCCGCCGCCCUCACACUCCUCUGGUCUCAACAAAACUGGUGGGCCGCCACCCUCGCCCCCCCACUCGGCCUCGUCUGCGCCCUCAUCGGCUGGCUUGUUCAAGCGAAGCAAGAAUUCGGCACCCUCACCGUCGACUCCACCGGCGCCAACAAUCCCAUGCUGGUCGGCAACGUCGUCGCGCUCAUCUCGCCCAUGAUCUUCAUCCCCGUGCUGACCUACGCGCUCGGCACCCAGAAGUACGACUGGCAGAGCAUGAAGGAGAUCCGGCGCGCCGACGACCACGACCUGGCGGAUGCCGCGCACAUCGACCUUGAGCUGAUCCCUGGCGGGCGGAGGGAAUCCAUCGCGAAGACCGAAGAAGAGCAGGUGAAGCUGGCGAAGGCGGCGAAGUUCGCGCGCAUCCUCACCGUGACGUUGACGCUGUCCAUGCUCGUGCUGUGGCCGAUGCCGAUGUACGGCUCGGGCUACAUUUUCAGCAAGAAGUUCUUCACCGGCUGGGUGGUCGUCGGUAUGAUCUGGAUCUUCUUUAGCACCGUGUGCGUCGGGCUCUACCCUCUCUAUGAGGGCCGCGGCACCAUGGCUCGGACGGCGAAAGCGGUGUAUUUGGAUCUGACGGGGAAGAAGAAGCCGACGCCAGUGCAUGGACAGGUGGUGGAGGAGACGGGCACGAGUACGCCGACAGAGAAGGUUGCCCCUGAGAAGACGGGGUGAUGCGUUCUGAACGACCAUAUACCUGACUGCACUUGGGGGUUUGUUUGUGAAGUUUCGCAAUAUACCAGAGACUAUCUUGACAGUGCCUUAGCUUAUUCCAAUCUAAGAGACAUUUUUGCACAUCGUUGGCAAAUGAUUUGUUAUGGAAAUCGCAAGCGUCGAUGACUAUCGGGAUCGUU